AUUUCUGAGUCCCCUGAAUAUGCUUAUUGGUGGUACUGUGGUGGUGCUGGUGUUCAUGGGCUUUGUCUGGGUAUCACACAACAAGGAUAUACUCCGCAGGCUGAAGAAGCAGUACCCAACCACAUUCGUAGUGGUCAUCAUGCUGUCUAGCUACUUCUUGAUCUCCUAUCUGGGAGAUGUCAUGGUCUUCAUGUUUGGGAUCACGCUUCCUCUCCUCUUGAUGUUUGUCCAUGCUUCUCUGAGGCUCCGAAACCUAAAGAACAAGAUGGAGAACAAGAUGGAAGGAAUAGGCUUGAAGAAGACUCCGAUGGGCAUCAUAUUGGAUGCUCUAGAACAGCAAGAGGAUAGUAUCAACAAACUGGCUGACUACAUAUCUAAAGUGAAGGAGUAAGAAGCUGCAAUGUGGCGUUUUUACCUGUUGCAGGAGUGUAGUUGCUAUUUACUAUUGUUCAAGCUUGCUUUCAGUUUGUGUACAAAACAAGAAAUGCACGUGGUACAGAUUAAUAAUUGCAGGGUACAGGUAUUCCAAGAUUUUCAGGGCUCCUCUAAGAACAUAAGAGCAGCAACUUUUUUCUAUUGUAUAGCAAAAUGUUCUGGUGUUUACACAAAUGCAUACUAACUUAAACAUGUUUGCUUGUCUCUUCUUCUGGAGGGUAGAGGAGGAAGACAUAGAAACCUAGGGAAUGCAGUCUGUCCAACUGUCUUGUAGCAAAUUUGUCUAUUAAAAGUAACAGCCCUUUCAUCUCAGUUCUACAAGAUGGCAGUUUAGCUGGUUUAUGCUGGGUAGCACCUUCAGGCUGGCAUGUUCAAGGUGAGCUGGAAUGUAUGAAAAGUAGGUCUCUUACAUCCUCCAAAGCCCUCACCUUGAGUAGUCUGCAUCAAGACCAUGUUGCUAGCUUAACUGGCAAGUGGUAAAACUGUGCACUACUUGUGACAAAGAUGGGUUCCUGUCC